UCACAUUUUUUAUCUGAAACAUAUGCUUUAUUAAACUAAUUGUAGGUGAUUCUGGUAUUUGCAUUUGAUCCGAAGUAUGUUCAUUUCCUGAUCGUUGAGUUGGCUGUCUGUUUUCUAGCGUUAAUUUGGAUUUUUUGCUUUCAGGCAAUGCCUUGAGUGAGAGGUGUAUUUCUGGCCCUCCCUUACUCUCCAUAAAGGAUGUUCUUCACUAGUCUCCACUAGUUCCUCAAGACCCCCAGUCCCAAAGUAGCUCUUUCGUCGACAUCUCCGGAUUCCUUCCCAUCUAGCAAUAAUUUUGACAUGUCCUGACCCAGUCACUGAAUCCAGUCACCAUGGGCUUCUUGACCUAGCCAUUCGGGUACUGAAGUAGCUGAGAUGCGAAAAAGGCAGCAGUCACAAAAUGAGGGAACACCUGCUGUGUCUCAAGCGCCUGGAAACCAGAGGCCCAACAACACAUGUUGCUUUUGUUGGUGCUGUUGCUGCAGCUGCUCCUGCCUCACUGUUAGGAACGAAGAAAGAGGGGAAAAUGCAGGAAGACCCACACAUACCACAAAAAUGGAGAGUAUUCAAGUCCUAGAGGAAUGCCAAAACCCCACUACAGAUGAAGUCUUGUCCUGGUCUCAAAAUUUUGACAAGAUGAUGAAGGCCCCAGCAGGAAGGAACCUUUUCAGAGAGUUCCUCCGAACAGAAUACAGUGAAGAGAACCUACUUUUCUGGCUUGCUUGUGAAGACCUAAAGAAAGAACAGAACAAAAAAGUCAUUGAAGAAAAGGCUAGAAUGAUAUAUGAAGAUUACAUUUCUAUCCUAUCACCAAAAGAGGUCAGUCUCGAUUCUCGAGUUAGAGAGGUGAUCAAUAGAAAUCUGUUGGAUCCUAAUCCUCACAUGUAUGAAGAUGCCCAACUUCAGAUAUAUACCUUAAUGCACAGAGAUUCUUUCCCAAGGUUUUUGAACUCUCAAAUUUAUAAGUCAUUUGUUGAAAGUACUGCCAGCUCUACUUCUGAAUCUUAAUUUUCAUUAAAACGAAAAAUCAUUUUGGAGGGCUGGGAUGGGAAAUGAAAGUAGUUAAAUAACACCGCAAACUGAGUUCCUGGAGAACUACAGUUUAGCAUUCCUCAGGCUACUGUGAAAAUACAACCAUAUGGUCUUUGUCUCCAUUUUUAUCAAGGUUAUCCAUGGUUAAGUUUGGAGAAAAUACCACAUAAAACAAUGAAUUGCCAAAUCGUUUGAUUCAACACUCAUUCUACUUGCAAGCGAACUGUAUCUGUAGUCCUGUGAAUGGUCUCCUAGUGUCUCUCCAGAGACUGCAUGUGCAAAGUAAAAGUGCUUCAUUCGCCACAUAAUUGUUGUAAUAUUUAAUCCAAUGGCAUAACUUAUAUCUGUAUUUAACGACUUUUGUGCAAUAUGGUCUUAUAGAAAUAAUUGCCAAAAAAUUGGCUGUGGUUUGCAUUUUUAAAUAUAAUCUAAGACAGAAAAAGCCAAUUUUUACAUUGUCACAAUGGUAUUCAACAUGCUAUAUACUGUGUUUAGUACACUAAUUUCGAAGCCAAUAUUUCUGUACCUGAAAAAAGAGCUAUUUAUCUCUGUUUGUUGGAAAAUCCUAAUGGGGAUUCCUCUGGUUGUUCACUGCCAAAACUGUGGCAUUUUCAUUACAGAAAAGUUUGCUAUGUAAAAAAAUAAGAAGAAGAAAAGAGAAAAAAAAGCACAAAACAAUUUGAAGAUAUUCUAUCUCAAUGACAAAUCAAAGAGUGAUAUUGUUUUUAAUUGUAAUAGAAGAAAAUGAAUCUAUGUAUAUAUCACAUGUCCAAUACUGUAAUUAAUUUAUUAAAGACUGGCUCUCCAGUUCUAAAAUGGUUGUGUAAAGUAUGUACUUUAGCGAGAAAAAAAUAAUAAGUUUGAUAACUUAGUUUUGGAAUAUAAAGAAAGGAUUUAAUAAAGGAAUGCCUACAUGUAGCAUCAUAAAACAUUUUGAUGAACAGCAUCUGUCCUGCGGCAUAUUUUCCUUGUAUGUGAAAUCCAAUGAAAAGCUAAGUUUUUAACCAAGAAAAGUUUUAUAAGGGUUAUGAAGAAGAUAAUUCUCUACUUCAGACCUUAACUGUUUUCACAUAGUAUCUUAAGAAUGAUUUUAUUUUAAAAAUGUUGAAACCAAACAAUUAAUUCUCAUCCAUAAUUGAAAGGCAGUACAGUGCUCAAAUCUUCUAGCUGCCAUAUUAUUUUUUAUAAGUACCACUAAAUCUUUAAGACAAAAUGCUUGCCAGACAUCGGCAUGUAUUUUUGACAUUCAAGAAAACAGUAUCCUAUUGUGCGCACACGCACACACACACACACACACACAAAAGUCAGUGUCAUAUUUAUAUCAAGGUGUUACAUUUGAAUAUUAAUAUCCCCUGGAGGCUAUUUUUUUAAUCUUAAACUUAAUAAAUAUAAUAUUGAGUAAUCUAAAAUGAAAGUUUUAAAAAUAUUUAUAUCCACUGAGAAUACUGGCCUUAUAUUAAGGAUGAUAUUAAAAUUAUAGGUUUUCUUUGUCAUUUUUUAACUACCUCUCAUUUUUUUAAUUUAUUAAACAUUUUAAAAAAUUGGGGGGUUUUCUUUUUAAAUUUUAUUUUACUUGAAAAGUUGGCAUUGUUUCUUUUUCCAUAAACUUAAAACAUUUCAAGAAUUGUUUUUUUAAGUGAAUUUGGUUUUCUAAUUUAUAUAGAAUUCAGGAGACAUGAUUAAAAGGGCUAUUAUCUAUUCCCUAUGCAAAUAUUUUAACUGUUUCAGUGUUUGACAAAAUGGGAUUUUAAAAAACAGUUUGCAGAGUAGAAAACAAAAUGUUCUGUUUACACUGGCGUCGCUGACUAUCCUACCGUAUUCAGCACUUUUAAAUACAUUAUUUAUGAAAAUGUAGUUAAAAUGCAAAAUAGAGAAUAUUUAUAAUCAUUUCUUUUAACAAAUGCCUGUUUUUGUCUGAAAGUGUUAGUGUGUUAAGACUUACUUUAUCGUUGUCAAUUAGAUAUUUACUAUUUGAACAAUAGUUUUCAGUAAUAUGUUGAAAAAAGAUAGCUAUGAAGAUGUUUACAAAAAAGUCGUAUUUUUUCCUAGAGUGAAGAAAAAGAUAAAAGAAUCAUUUCUUUUGUGAAAUUCUAUUGUUCCUGAAUUAUUUAAUUUUUCUUGAUUAGAAUUGAGUUUAUUAUGCUACUAUGAUGUAUAGACAUAUAUGUUCUAAUAUCAUACUUGUUGCUGUGUUUGAGGCACAAUAAAUUGGUGCACUUGACUAGAAAAUAUGUAAUAUACUAUGAUACACUGCAUGCAUCGAUCUUUUUAAAUGUAGACUUUAUAUUCUUGUUGUUACUAUACAUGAUGGUGACCUGCUAGUCAUAAGUUAUCUUUAUAAGAUACUUUGGACUAUUAGAUAAAUUGUCUGUUUGACAAUACCUUUAAUAUUUACCAAAUGUAAAAGAUAAGGGCCCUUAUAAAGAGUCCUAAUCUCUAAUCUGGGCAUUUGUAGAGUACAGAUUUUGAAGUUAGUAUAUCCUUUUGAAACCUGAUUAGGAAGUUGUGUUGAGAAUGAUUCUAGAGCAGAUUUACAAUCAGAUGUUGGUAAAAAUACUGUGUGAGCAUUUCUGUGCUAAAUUCCAAUUUUGGGGGGAGGGGAGGGUCUCUCAUUUAACAAAAUGUUUAAAGUUUCUAAGAGUUAUGUCUGUAUAUUUGCAACUCUAGCAAUUUUUAAAGUAUGGUAUAAGUCCUUCUGUUUUAAUUACAGAGCUAUAAUAAACAAACGAAAAAGCCCUCAACUGGUGUCUAUGCUACGAUUCCAAGAGCACAAUAUUUUUUUUGGUAGAAUUUGAUUUCUCCUAGUGAGUAAAUUCCUCCCUGGGGAAAAAUUAGCACUUUAAAAGGUACACUUUGUGGUUUAGAGUGCCAAGAUAUCUUUGUAUAUCCUUAGAAACUAAUGCACACAGAAAGAGGCAAAUGCUCUUUCUGUUGUGCCUAACUUCAGAUAUGUCUAUAAUGAAAAGAAAAGUAGAGGAUCUAGAUUAUAUAAAAAUAUAUAUAAAGAAAUUGGAGAGCCAGAUUUCUUCAGCAAUCGAUCUUGUACAUAGAUCACACUAAUAAUGGAUGGAUGACACUUCUUCUUUACUCUGGAUAAUUGUUACUAUGUUACCCAAGGGUAAAUGUCCUGACAGUGUUGCGGGCAGCUCUAUGCACAGUAGGUGCAGUGGCAUAUGAACAACAAUAGCAAAACAUAAUUUUGAUAUCAACAUUAUGAACAGCAAAAAUCAAGACCAUAAUGUGGUCCCUUUUUUUUUAAAUUUUAAAAUAUGUACAUAGGAUGACCAGUUCUGAUAUUUGGUCAUGGUGCAUGGGGUGUUUAUUAGUUUCCUUUAAUGCUGCCUAGGUUCUUACAGAAUGAAAUGUGUAUCAUAUAUUUACCUGAUAGUUCAGUUUGCAAAAGGACUAUAGAAAUAGGUAAAUAAUGUUUAUUUGUUAGGGGCAAAAAUACAUUUUCACCCCAUUAAGCUGAUUUAAAAUAAUACCUGAUUCUUAAUUUUGAAUUUAUCUAUUUUUUCUAUACACUUUUAACUUAUAUUGAAAGAAUGUCAUAUUGUAAUUGUUACAAAUUACAUUUGCAAAAAAUACAAUAUGUCAGAUGCUUUGAGGAAGAAAUAUACAAGGAAGAAAUUUAAAAUACAAUCAGAAAAUAAGAAAAUAAGAACUCUUUUGAAAGCCACCUAAAAUUUCUUAGAUCAAAAGGCCUAUAGAUAGACCCCUAUCAAACAUGAAUUUUGAAAACUUUGUGCUAGAUACAUUGACAUAUUAUUUUGAAACAUGGUAAAGAUAUUUCAAAAAAUUUUCUCGCAUGUGUAUUUCUACUGACAGUUUAUGACCCUAAUUUUCAAAGUAUAUUUUGCUAACACUUAUAUUUGUGUGCUCUUUUCAGUUCUUUUUAAAUUUCUGACCAAUAUAAAAUGUUUGUUCUCCUGAGAAACCAGUGUUCAAUCUGUAAAAAUUUUAAUUAUUCCUCAUGUGCUACAACUGCAAAUAUUUAUAAGACUGAUACCAAAAACUUUCUUAGAUCUUCCCUGAAACACUCUUAACAGUAUCCUUGUAACACACAACAGCACAGAGAUUGAUAAGUAUUUUUUCCCAAUACUAUGCUUUUAUUACUAAUUUGAUUUCAAGUUACAUUUCUGUCUGGUGUGACUUUGGACAAAACAUUUAUCCUCUCUGAGCCUGUUUCCCCAUCUUCAGAUGAGGAAUAUAAUACUUAAUUUACAGGAUGACCAUGGGAAUUAAAUAUAAACAUGGAAAGAGAAAAGUGUUACAUAUAACAUUAUUUUAUCAAAGUUCUCCAGCUCAAUAAUUCCCAUUUUUCAAGAAUGUAUGUAUUAAAUGCCAUUUUAAUGCACUUUUCCCCUAUUUUUUAAACCAUACUUUAAAAAUCUUAUUUAAUUAUUCAUCCAAAAAAAUACAACCAAACAUUUUAGGAUGUAGGACUACAUAAUAUGUUAUUGCUUUGUUCAAUAAUAUGAUUAAAAAUCAUUGUUUUCAGUUCACCAACAUCACACUGAAUCUACAAUCAAGAAAUAUGUUUCUUUCAAGGACAUAUACACACACACAUAGAUAGAUACAUGUAGAUCGUGUAUGUGUGUGUAUGUAUAAUAUUGUAGAUUUAAAUCAAAGUUUAAAUAAGAGAUCAUUUGAAAAUUUUAUUUCCGAAGGAAAUAAAACAUCAUUCCUAAAGACAGGAAGAAUAUAAAUAUCAGCAAUUUUCCAAAUAAAUACAGUCAUGCAUUGCUUAAUGACAGGGAUACCUUCUGAGAAAUGUAUCAUUAGGCAAUUUUGUCAAUGUAUGAACAUCACAGAGUGUACUUACACAAACCGAGAUGGUAUAGCAUACUACACACCUAGGAACCACCAUCAUAUAUGCGGUCCAUUGUUGACUGAAAUGUCAUUAUGUGGCUCAUGACUAUGUGGGAGGUAGAGCUAAAACUAAGUUAUAAGAGAUUGACCACUAGAAAACAUUGAUAUUGGCAUGGAAUAAAAAGCACUCUUUUUAAUGUUAGGGUGGUAUAAUUUUUAAAAUAACUUUACUAUUAAAAUUAAAGGUGAUUGUGUAUUCACAAAAUUUUUCAUUAAACUUUUAAUUUUAGAAUAGUUUUAGAUUUACAGAAAAAUUGCAAAGAUAGUACAGAGAGGUUCCCUAUGCCCCACACCCGCGAGGCGUUUGUCACAGUUAAUGGAGAGUACUGAUGCGUUAUUGAGUCUGCACCUUAUUCAGAUCCCCUCAGCUGUUACCUGUCCUUGUUCUGUUCCAGGAUCCCAUUCAAGAUAUCGCAUCACAUUUAGUCGUCCUCUCUCCUUAGGCUCCUCUUAGCUGUGACAGUUUCUCAAACUUUUCUUACUUUUGAUGACCUUGACAGUACUGAGCAGUACUGGUCCGGUAUUUUUUAAAAUGUCUCUCAAUUUGAAUUUUUCUAAUGUUUUUCCCAUGAUUAGACAGGUGUUAUCAGUUUUUGGAAGGAAGACCACAGAAGUAAAGUGCCGUUCAUAUCACAUGAUAGCUAAGGUACAUACCAUCCCCAUGACCUAUCACUAUUGAGGUUGACCUUGAUUACCAGGCUGAGGUAGUUUGUUUGGUUUCUCUACUGUAAAGUAAUUCAUUUUUUAAAAGGUUACCUUGGAGGUAAAUUUACUGGACAUUUACACUGAGCUAAAAAUAUUCUGAACAGAUUCCUCAGUACGGCUGUCACGUUCCAUUAAAUGACUGCUAACAAAUACUAUGAAGAAAAUACAAUGAACUAGAAAGUGAAAUGGAAAAAUAAAACUCAAAACAGUGUUAGCUUGAAUAUUCACUUAAUGGAGGUGAAGGUGAAUUUUUUCCUUUGAACUACCUGUAUAAUUACCUUAAUCUACAUCUCUUGGGUAGUAAAGAUUUUAGCUGACCAACCGUCAUAAGAGGUAAUUUAAACUGAUAAUCAUUUUGCUGAGUGCUUUUUCAUAUUGCUCUCCACUGAACAAUGAACACUGAGUAUUGAAAUAAGGUAGAAGACUUGAUUUUUUCCCCCUUCCUUUAACCUAUUUGUCAUAAAUACAAUGUUUCUUGUAUAUGAUUUUAAUAUGUUUGCUAAAUAUUAAAAAUAAUUUCAAUGUGUUUCAUUCUGUAAAAUUUAUUAUAGUGAAUGUGUGUAAUUUUUACUACCAUGUUCAUUGUACUUAACAAUCUAUAUCCAUAUUUUGGACUCCACCAAUAUUUAUUAGUGGACCAUAAAGAAGUUUUGAAUGCAUGAACACUAUUUAGAAGACACCUGCUUGGUUAUUUUGAAAUGCCAGAAUAACUGUAGGUAUUUAUAAAUUGGAUAAUACAGAUUAUUUUUCCUCCAA